CAUGUCCUUCAACACAUCUGAAAGCUAUUAUGAGUGUGAUUAUUCUGAAAGUCAUUGUGGAGCAAGUAACGCACAAGCAACUGGACCGUGAACAUUCAGGGCUAGUUUAAUCAAUGCAUGUGUAAGCCAGCCGGAAACCACGAGUGACCCAGAAACCCGUAAGUUGGUGAUUACACAGUUCGGUUUGACGUGGUCACCACUCGUUGUCACUCAGACUAUGUCACUAUCACCCAGGUAUAGUGCAGCUACGACAGUUGGGCUACAUAGCUGACGAGGCUUGAAUUGUGAACACACCGCUGUUGAUGGCUGCACCUCUCUGCCUUCGCUGAUAUCAAACCUGCAACUCGUCAUCCCGACCUGUUUACUCAGGGACAUUCUACGUCAGUGGGUUAGAGGAUGUUAUUUGGGCCAAGGCAAUUAGCUGACAAAACACUGAAGCUUACAGUUACUCAAAUUUCAGGCAACAACGUAGAUUAACAACGGAUUUAUGAGCCAAGCACUGCACCGUUUGACCGGCUAGCGUCAGAAGCUGCUGCGCUGUAUGUCAAGAUCUGAGGAGAAUGGUGACAGACAAGGACAUGGACGGUGGUUGGGCGUGGGUGGUCCUGGCAGCCACAAGUCUGGGAAUGGUUGUGGCAGGUACUGCUGCUAUAGCAACUGGGUUCCUGCAAGUGGAGUUCCUGGAACAUUUUUCUCAGAGUACCAGCUACACCAGUCUCGUGACGUCAACGUUCCUGUGUCUGGAGCUCGGCAUGGGGCCCUUCUCAAGCGUGCUGUGUAACGUGUUUAGCGUCAGAGUGGCAAUGAUGACGGGAGGCGUACUGAUGUCUCUCGGACUCAUCAUCGCCAGCUUCAGCACCGACAUCUUACACCUCUUGUUGGCAUUUGGGGCACUGGGAGGUGCUGGCUUCGGGUUGAUAUAUACGCCACUCAACGUCAUACUCGGCCAUUAUUUUACGCACCGACAACCCUUCGCCAACGGGAUCUCGCUCGCUUCGUGUGGUACUGGUCUGGCUGUUGGAGCCUACUUUGUGAUCUGGUUGAUUGACGCUUAUGGAUGGCGAAUGACCGUGUCAGCAUUGGCGUGUGUUAGUCUUCAGUUCUGUGUGAUCGGGUGUUUAUAUUUCCCGACAAAACAUACCAAAACGACCCUCUGCUGUACACGCCGUAAACAGAUCUGUGGUGAAUGUCGUAAACCGGAAACGUGUUUGUGGUUCUUGAAAGAUGCAAGAUGGUGGAUAAUGUGCUCGAAUUACGGGUUAUUGAUGAUUGGAUAUGCAAUUCAGAUUGUUCACUUGCCUGCAUAUGCAGAAUCAGUACACAUAGACCACGUUCUCCUUCCAGGCUUAUACACAACCUAUGGCGUUGUGAUUUCUGUAGCCCGGGUACUGUGUGGAGUUUUGUGUAACGACACUACCGUGGACCUCCGGAUGGUGUUUUUCAGUACCCAGGCCUUGGAAGGACUAGUCAUCGUGUUUAUGCCACUAUAUGCUAAGGACUAUGCUGGUUUCAUGGCUUAUCAGAUAUUGGUGUCACUUUUCUAUGGAGCUAGCCUGGUCCCGUUAACGCCCCUGGUUGUUCAACUGUUUGGAGUUGACCGACUGUCGACAGUGUUUGGUUGGAUCAUGCUGUGGGGAGGUGCUGGUUCUCUUGCUGGCCCUGUCAUCGCAGGUUUGUUCGUGAUUGUUGCGUCUCUGCUCAUUCUGCUGAUACCCGGAUGUAAACUUGGGACGUUCGAGUCGCAGGAAGAUGUUACCAUGGAAACACUUGUACAUCUAAAAGAACAGCCUGCCAAAAAGUCCUUCCUUUGAUCUGUGAUAUACGCCAGUAAACAAGUCUAUCUUAUAUUGUAUAUACAGUCACGUAUGUCAAAACUGUUUGACAAGGAACCCAAUAACAAUUUGUCGGUCUUUGAACAUCGUUUAUUGAAAACUUGGUAUUCAGCAACCCAUACUUGUCUCCAUUAAAUCAUCCUUGUCGUAAGAGGCGAGUAACGGGAUCGGAUGGCCGGUCUCGCUGAUCUGCUUGAUACAUGUCAUCCUAUGGCAAUGCUAAAGAUGUCAAUCCAUGGAUUGUCCGGUUUUUAAUCAAUUGUUACAGACCGUUGUUAUAUAGCUGGACCAUUGCAGGGCGCGGCAUUAGACUUUAGAGAAGGAAACAUAGUGUUGUACAGCCCCGCAGCAAUAUCCUAUUUGUACCACAGUGCCGGGAGGAGACAUUCAGCGACCAUCGACGGUUCCAAAUCGCAGACCAAGACCAUUCCAUACCCUUAAUGGGCUCGUAACAAUCAUGAAAUACACUGGAAAGGACUGCAUAUAUACGUUAACACUGACGUCUGGGUCUUUCUUUACCAAAUCGACAGUGGUUGAUAUUAUGCAGUCUUUUUACAUCUUAUAGUAAAACACAUCAUAGGUAGACAGUAUUCUGAAGUGCUAGUCAUGUCACAUGUUCUUUAUUCUAAGAUCUCGGGUUUUACAAUGAAUCGUUAUUUGUCCAAUGAAAUAACGAUUCAGUUUUAAAGGAUACAUAAAAAUUACACACAAUGUAAAAUCUUUGUUUUGUUCACAUCCACGGCCUUUGUUGAUAUCGGGGAUUGUAAUCUGCUAACUACUAACUCUGAAAAGGUUAACAGCUCGUGCUACUAUGUCUUAUAGGGCCCGUAAGUAGGUCACUUCACUUCGCGAGGCUUUAGUACUUCCGGUGACAAAACACGUUUCAUACCUUGUCGAAUGGUCUCGUGUCUGUCAGUUGACAAUAAGGAAGUGAUAAACCCUGCAGAAAUAACAAAUUUCCGAUUCAACCAUCCCGAAAUUAGCCAACUAUUACGACUAUCAACAGCUGUGACAGCCAAGCACGGUUGUACACUUGGUCCGGUCUAGUAAAGUCAUAUUUGGCAAUCGCGCUAUUUUGAACCAGAACUGGUUCUUGAGUAUACGCUUGUCAACGGAAAUCGGGUACCGGAAGUAAGCUGGGUCCCGUCUCGCAUAUCGCAAAUUGGCAAGCGGAAAAGGGGCCGGAAACCAGCUUAGUACCAGAAGUAGCCCCUCGCGAGACUUACAGGCCCUAUUCCAACUUCCAACAUGCCAACUGCACGUGGCAGACAUGCAUGUCAAAAUCGUUUAAAACAAUAAUUAUAUCACUGAAAUGUACAGCGACACACGAACAUUUUUCACUGUAAAUUUGAAUUUUACCCCGACCCCUUUCAUGUGUGCACAUCAUACAUAACGCUUGCACGAAACGGGCGUGUUUGAAGGAAAUUCAUAACACGUUGUGAAGGGAAUAUUCAUUUUCUGAAUCCAUAUUGAGUCAAACAGCUUGGUUCCCGAAUAAUAUCGCAUCAAAAUGUAUUGUCCUAUUAUAAUGUUAAUGUUUAGUAAUGUGUCAUUGUAAUUACUUUGAGGUGGUGUUUAUUGAUUUGUAAACCUAGCUGAUAUUACAAUGCAGCUGUUAAGCAGUAUUACAUGUUUUGUGCUUUGUUGCUUUCACACUGAAUGAUGUUUUGCGAAUAGAAUUCUUGGUAAA